AUAAGUUUCAAUACAAUGCAAAAUUCUCAAUUAACGCAGUACGGAGUGAUCAUUGCAGUGAUAUUGAUUAUUCUUAGCAUCAUGGCGGCCACGGUUUCAGAUUCCGAAAUCACGAAAAGUGAUAAAUAUUCAAUUUUGUUGCCUACUUACAAUGAAAGAGAGAAUUUGCCCAUCAUAAUAUGGCUAAUAGUAAAGUUUUUAGAUAGCAGUGGAUACGACUAUGAAGUGAUCAUUAUAGACGAUGGAAGUCCUGACGGUACACUGGACAUUGCGAAACAGUUGCAAAAGAUCUACGGUUCCGGUAAAAUAGUGCUACGUCCUCGCGACAAAAAGUUGGGUUUAGGCACUGCUUACAUACACGGUAUCAAACAUGCGACCGGUAACUUCAUUAUUAUUAUGGACGCAGAUUUGAGUCACCACCCAAAAUUCAUUCCAAAGUUCAUCGAGCUGCAACGAGAACAUGAUUACGAUGUUGUCUCCGGCACCCGGUAUAAGGACGGUGGUGGCGUACACGGCUGGGACUUUAAACGGAAGCUGAUAUCUAGAGGAGCUAAUUUUGUCACGCAAAUGUUGCUGAGACCUGGAGCUUCAGACCUGACUGGGUCUUUUAGGUUAUACAAAAAGGAUGUCUUACAGAAACUGAUAGACAGCUGUGUGUCAAAAGGCUAUGUAUUCCAAAUGGAAAUGAUUAUAAGAGCAAGACAACUGGACUACACAAUCGGAGAAGUGCCAAUCACAUUCGUAGACCGCGUCUACGGCGAGUCCAAACUAGGAGGCUCAGAGAUCAUACAGUUUGCCAAAGCAUUACUGUACUUAUUUGCUACCACAUAAGAGUGAUAUUUCCUACAUUCCAUUACUAUAUAACUCCUAUUAAGUAUCUUGUAGAAACUGCGAGAAAAAAAAAUGCAAAAAAAGUUCUCUUCAAAUAGGUUUGCUUGUGUGAAGUUUGCAGCAAGUGACUUCAAGAAGGUUGAAACACUACCACGCAUGCGCGAGGCGUCUACGGCUAACUUCGGAGAAGCAAAGUUAUAUGAAGGCUUCUGUAUAAACAAAUAAAAUUAUUAUAGUUAAGAGUUUUCUACUUAUUUUUUUUAAGUCUACUGUAAUAUGUAAAAAGGCUAUAUUGAAUGUUUCGGAACACUUACAGUCCAAGAUACAUAAAUAAAUUUAUUGUCAUAGAAUCAAGCUACUAUUUGACUAGAUAAUGUCUGGUCAAUGUUAAUAAAUAAGAAUAUGUAAUGUUUUUUGUAAAUACAAGUAAUUUUUUACAGUACAACCGUUUCUAAAGUUAUUUAUAUCUAUUUUUAAAUGAGAUCAACAUAAUGUAUGGUAGAUUAUAAAAAUCCCAUCCCAACUAAUAUUAUAAAUGCGAAAGUAACUCUGUCUGUUUGUUACGGUUUUACGUCUAAAACACUGAACUGAUUUUAAUAAAAUUUGGUACAGAGAUAGAGUUGACCUUGAGAAAGAACAUAGGAUAGUUUUUAUCCCGGACUUUUGAAGAAUUCUUUUGGAAACGCGAUAUAACCGAACUCUACGCAGGCGAAGCCGCGCCACAAAUGUUGUCUAUGUUAUCUUUGGAAUAUUCUGAGUCAACAUAAAAUUUGGCGGGAACUUAAUCCAGUUUCCGACGAUCAGUGCAUAAUAAAGAAACUGAUAUAUUUUAUUUUAAAGAACUAGCUAGAACAUAAGGUACUACAUUAUAAGGCUUAAAUAGGAUGAAGACGCAACUUCGGGACUUUUAUUUACAAAUAUAGCCAUAGCAUUAUACAAAAAAAC